AUGGCAGACGCGAAAAGCGCAUCUGAGCGAUACCAGAAGAUCUCGCAACUUGAGCAUAUUCUGAAAAGACCAGACACAUACGUUGGUUCCGUGGAAGUACAGGAGCAAGUGCAAUGGAUUCACAACGAGGAAACGGAAUGCAUGGAAGAGAAGGAGGUCAAGAUCGUGCCCGGUCUCUUCAAAAUCUACGACGAAAUUCUCGUAAAUGCUGCUGAUAACAAAGUUCGCGACCCAACUAUGAAGAAGAUAGAGGUGACGAUCAACAAGGAAGAGAACAUGAUUGAGGUUAAAAAUGACGGGAAGGGGAUACCAAUUGAAAUUCACGAAAAGGAGCAAAUCUUCAUCCCAGAAAUGAUUUUUGGCCACCUGCUCACGUCUUCGAAUUACGACGACGAUGAGAAGAAAGUCACGGGUGGUAGAAACGGUUACGGUGCUAAGCUGUGUAACAUCUUCUCGACCGAAUUUAUCCUCGAAACGGCAGAUCCGACGAAGGGUGAAAAGUACGUCCAAAAGUGGGAAAACAACAUGACCGUCUGUCACAAACCUAAGAUCACUUCCUACAAGAAAGGGCCAUCCUACACCAAGGUUUCUUUCCGACCCGACCUCAAGCGAUUCGGAAUGGAAACUCUCGACAACGACACCGUAGGCGUAAUGCGUCGAAGAGCGUUUGACAUCAAUGGGUCCGUCAGAGACGUAAGCGUUUACUUAAACGGUAAAAGUCUGAAGAUUCGCAACUUCAAAAAUUACGUUGAGCUCUAUCUAAAAUCUCUGGAGAAGAAGAAGUCUGAAGAAAACGGCACUGAAGCGGGCAAGACCCCUACAAUUCUUUAUGAGAGGCUUAACGACAGGUGGGAAAUUGCAUUUGCAGUGUCAGAUGUAUCCUUUCAGCAAAUAUCCUUUGUCAAUUCGAUAGCAACGACAUCAGGCGGUACACAUGUGAACUAUGUGUCGGAUCAAAUUGUGAAGAAGAUCACCGAGGUGUUGAAAAAGAAGAAAAAGGGAAAGACAAUUAAAGGCUUUCAAAUCAAGAAUCAUAUGUUCAUUUUCAUCAACUGUCAAAUUGAGAACCCUGCUUUCACAUCCCAGACCAAAGAGCAACUGACCACCCGGGUCAAAGAUUUUGGUUCAAAAUGUGACAUUAAAGAUGAUUUCAUCAACAAAGUCAUGAAAACCGAAAUCGCCGAGAAAAUAUUCGAAAUCGCUGAUCAGAAUGAGGAUAAGGCGUUACAAAAAUCUGAUGGUACCAGGAAAAACAGAAUUACAGACUACCCAACUUUAGAAGACGCCAACUUUGCUGGUACCAAGCAAAGCGGCAAAUGCACCCUUGUCUUAACCGAGGGUCUGUCAGCCCAAUCGCUCGCAGUCGCUGGUCUCGGUGUAGUGGGACGUGAUUAUUACGGAUGCUAUCCACUGCGUGGUAAGAUGUUAAAUGUCAGAGAAGCAAGCGCUGAACAAAUCAAUAAGAAUGCCGAAAUUCAAGCCAUCAAAAAGAUUGUCGGCCUACAGCACAGAAAGAAGUACGCAGACACAAAGAGUUUACGCUAUGGGCACAUCAUGAUCAUGACUGAUCAGGACCACGAUGGCUCGCACAUUAAAGGUUUAAUUAUCAACUUUUUGGAAAGUUCUUUCCCCGGGCUCUUAGAUAUACCAGAGUUUCUGAUAGAAUUCAUCACACCGAUUGUUAAGGUGACGACAACAAAACCCCGUCGCAGUGUCCUUUCUUUCUACACCAUGCCUGAUUAUGAAAAGUGGAGAGACAACGAAAGUCAUAAGUUUUCUUGGAAGCAAAAGUAUUAUAAAGGUUUGGGAACAUCGUCAUUACAAGAAGCUCGGGAGUACUUCUCAGAUCUUGACACGCAUUUGAAAAAAUUUCACGCUCUUGAAGGAGACGAUAGUCUCCUGAUUGACCUAGCAUUUUCCAAGAAAAAGGCGGACGACCGUAAGGAGUGGUUGAGGCAGUAUGAACCUGGUAAUACUUUAGACCCUGCAUUAUCCGAAAUUCCAAUCUGUGAUUUUAUCAACAAAGAGCUCAUUCUCUUUUCUCUAGCCGAUAACAUAAGAUCCAUUCCUUCGGUCUUGGAUGGCUUCAAGCCCGGUCAGCGUAAAGUUCUUUUCAGUUGUUUUAAGAGAAAGUUAAGAUCCGAAAUCAAGGUGGCUCAGUUAAUCGGAUACGUAUCUGAGCACACGAAUUAUCAUCAUGGUGAGAUGUCGUUGGCACAGACCAUUGUUGGUAUGGCACAAGAUUUUGUGGGUUCUAACAAUAUCUAUCUUUUGAAGCCUAAUGGUGCAUUCGGUACUAGGGCUACUGGUGGUAAAGAUUCUGCUGCCCCUCGUUACAUUUUCACGGAACUGAACGGUAUAACUCCAAUUAUUUUCAACCCGCUUGAUAAUCCUUUGCUCACCUACAUUCAGGAAGAUGGUCAGAAUAUUGAGCCACAAUGGUAUCUCCCUGUCUUACCCAUGGUUUUAGUGAAUGGUGCUGAAGGUAUUGGUACUGGCUGGAGCACAAACAUCCCACCUUUUAAUCCUGUAGAUAUCGUUCAAAAUCUGAAGAGAUUGAUGAACGGCGAAGAAAUGCGUGAAAUGACACCUUAUUUCAGAGGAUGGAAAGGUAGCUUAGAGAAGAUUGACACGCAAAGAUACAGAAUGUAUGGGAGAAUCGAGCAGGUGGGUCCAAAUACUCUGGAAAUUACUGAACUUCCAGCGAAAACUUGGAUGUCAACUAUCAAAGAACACCUUUUGCUCGGCCUAGCAGGCAGCGACAAGGUUAAAAAGUGGAUUGAUGACAUGCAAGAAAAUCAUGGUGCUACCAUCAAAUUUACUGUGACGCUAACGGAUGAAGAAAUGACGAAGACCAGCAAAUUAGGAUUUUACGAAAGAUUCAAACUGAUCUCGAGUAUAAGUCUCGCCAAUAUGGUCGCCUUUGAUCCCCAGGGCCGCAUCAAGAAGUAUGAAGACGCAAGAGAGAUUCUAAGCGAUUUUUACUAUGUCAGACUUGAAUACUUCCAGAAAAGGAAGGAUUAUAUGUCGGAAAGGUUACAGUGGCAGGUAGAGAAGUUGUCUCAACAGAUUCGCUUUCUUCAGUUAAUCGUUGAUCAAAAGUUCAGUGUCAGCAACAAAUCGCGCCCAGUACUCUUUUCAGAGUUGGAAGAAUUGGGAUUCCCUAAGAUCAAUUCGGAAGGUAGGCUGUAUUACGGAAAGAUCGAAGAUGUCGACGAGGAGACUAUUUUGAAGAAGGAAAGCGACGAAUCCGACGACACAGUGUUGAAAGAUGCGGAAGAUGAGGUCAAUGGUCCUCAAGAAAAAUACGGAACGUUCGAGUAUCUGCUCGGUAUGAAAAUAUGGUCUCUCACAAAGGAGAAGUAUGAGAGUCUGAUGCGACAGAAGCAAGAGAGAGAGGCGGAGCUAGAAGCACUGCUUCGUCUGUCCGCCAAGGACUUGUGGUCUAAUGACCUCGAUGCAUUUAGCAAAGCGUACGAGGCCUUCAUGGCACACGAUGAGCUGGUUCGCAACAGUGUCACUCCCGAUGCAGCCGUGCAGCAGAAGGGGAAGCGCCGUAGGGCGAAGGCAGGCGACGAGGAUUAUGACCCCAGUCGCAAGAAAAAGAAGCCAAAGGCAGCGUCUGCAGCUAAAGUGAAGGUGGAAGUCAAUAAUUUCGAGGCGGUCUUGCUUGAACAAAAAGCACUUGAGAAACCAAAACGCGCCACAAAGGUGAAAGACGAAAACCAGCCCACGAUCGCUGGUCUUAUGAGCAAAACGAAGAACACACGGCCAGAGAAAACAAAGGCAGAAUCGGCAUCACGGUCUGUGUCUGGAUCCACCACGCCACCCCAAAGCACGCCUGGAUCUCUUGAAAGCGAAAAUUCCACGGGCACAAGCGUGUCAGAGAAGCCAAAGACGGACCAGGAGAACGACGACACGAUGAGUAUUUUCUCCAGCAAGUUCAAGCAAGCUAGCGCGUUGUUCGACGGGUCGCCUGCAUCUUCCAACGUGUCAUCUGCAGCCCCUGCGGCCCCUGCAAAGGUGCAGAAGGUCGCAGUGCGCAAAACUGCUACACCCAAACCACGCGCAAAACCCUCUGUCGACGACGACGACGACGACGAGAACGACGAAGGUAAUGACGACAGCGAUUUGGAAGAAGAACCACAAAUUGUUCGUAGAGUGCCCCGCAGUCGCCGUACGACUGCCAGAAUCGCCGCCAAACCCUCCUACGCUGAGAUCCCAGCGCUGUCGGGUGAAUCCUCCGCAGACGGCGAGGACGACAUGGACGCUUCUAUUAUCAUUGACGACGAAUCAGACGACGACGAGUCAUUUCAUGCGUUCGAAUGA